UAUAUAUAUGUCGCUCCACACUAUUUUUAAUUUCGUCAACUUCACUUCACACACAUCAGGUUUUGUUCAAUAGCAUUUAUAACUUUUAACGUGUGUUAAUUGGUUAUAAUAUGGGAGUGAAGGUUGGGUCUGGAUGUUUUAAUUGGUCACAACAACCUUCAAUUUCCCAACAAACUUUGGCUUCUUCAAUCUCUUCACCUUCAUCAAAACGAUAUAGUUUAAGUGAUGUGACGCUAAUAUGUCGUGGCUCAUCUUCAUUUCGCACGAAACUGAAUAGAUCUCGGUCGUGUGAAUCUUUGAAGACAUCAAACAACAAACAACAUUCAUUUAGAAGAAUCGUGAGUGCAAAUUUUGAUUCAGAGUUUUUGAGGGAGAUUGAAGAAUUUGGUCCCAGAUUCCAUUAUGAGGACCAAGAUUUCAAAUUGUCAGAUUGUCAGACUGACAAAUUGGAAUCAAAAGAACGAAUUCCAAACCAGUUUGCUGACAGAGCGAACUGGUUUGGAGAUAUUAUUCCAUCAGAUAUAGAAAGAAAGGCAAAUAGUUUGGAGUUACCAUUUUCGUUAAGAAUUAUAAAGAAAAAGAAACAAUGGGAAGAAGGAUUCAAAGAAGGCAAGGAUUCUACUCGCAGUUCAAUGAAAAAGGCUUUUUCUUCGAUGGUGUUUAUAAUUAGAGAACUACAAAGUUACACUCUACAAUUGAGAGAAAUAUUAUUCUUGGAAGAUUUACAAGAAGUUUUAGUAAGUGUACAAAAGGAAAUGAAUGCUUCUUUUGUUUGGUUGUUCCAACAAGUGUUUUCACAUACACCUACUUUAAUGGUGCAUGUGAUGAUCCUUUUAGCGAAUUAUAGUGUUUACUCAAUGUCAAAUAAUGUUGCGUUUGCUUCACCACCACCUCCUGCCACCGUGGAAACAAUUAUCUUCACGGUGAAACAACAAAAGGAUAGAUACUUUGAUCAUUCAAUGAUCAAAGUGUUCUCUGGUGAUUUAGGUGGAAUAAAUGGGGGUGGUGGGAAACCCCGCCCACUAACUAGUGGCACAGAUGAUGGCGAGGAGUCGAUUUCAGGUCAAGUAAAUGAGGAAUGGGGUUUAUGGAAGUCGAUUGUAAUGGAAGCUGAAAAGAUGGAUGGAGUUUUCAAUGAUGGAUGUCUUGACCAUGAAACUAUGCAAAGAUUUGUGUCGCCGGUCACGGCUAAAAUGGACCAAGAUGUGGAAACUUAUGAUUACUUGAAAACGGAGACCAUUUAUCAAACGGGCUUGUCGCAAGAGCCUGAUAAUCCGCUUCUUUUGGCGAAUUACGCUCAAUUUCUGUACCUAAUUGCCCAUGAUCACAAAAGGGCAGAAGUAUAUUUCAAAAGGGCUUCAGAAAUUGAGCCAAAAGAUCCGGAAGCACUAAGUAAAUACGCAAGUUUUUUGUGGCACGCUAAAAAUGACUUAUGGGCCGCUGAAGAGACCUUUUUAGAAGCCAUUUCUACUGAUCCUAGCAACUCGUUUUAUACUGCGGCUUACGCGAAUUUUCUAUGGUCGAAUGGGGCCGAAGACACAUGUUUCCCUCUCGAGUCGUCCGAGAAUAUGUAAAUUCUGAUGAGUUUUGACCACAUCCGGCCAAGAAAAUCUAUAGAAGAAAGCAAAAGAAAAUAAACUUACGGCAUUUGCUCACUAUGUAGUUUUGCUUAGGUUCUUUUUCUUUAGUUUUGUGAUGACAAUUGUACAUUGUGUUGGGAAUGUUGUAUUUUUGUUCUUUGGAUAUAGUAAUUUGUAUUCUGGAAAAUUUUGAUAUACAUUUUGGAGGAUUGUCAAAACGUUUUGAAUAAGACAGCAAUACCGUCUAAAUUCAUUUCAAUUGAUAAACAAACUAUUGUUUGCAAA